AAAAGUGUAAAGAAGUACUGAUGAGGAAAUAUAAAUUUGCCAUACUCAGCAAGGGUAAUUAAAUUUCCCCGUAGCUGGUCCUAUAUGUAUUUUGGUUUGUAUUGUACCCUAUCCCGUGAGUCACUGAGCAUUGGGCAAAGCAACAAAAACGAAAUGGGGUGUGCUUCCUCCAAGGGUAUAGAGUCAAGCCCAGCCAUGUACCACCCAGCUCCUACGAGCUUCGCGGUGUUUGACAUCAACGCCAUCGAGGAGCCAUGGCUCAAGCACCUCAACAACACUACCCCACAGCUUCCCCAAGACAAACCCACCCUCACCCACGUGCCAGCCCCUAUUCUCCACAAGCUCAACAUGCUCGAAGCCACCGAUGCUCCUCAAUCCUGGGACGAGGUUAGCAAGACUCUCGAAGACCUCAAACCACUAGUUAAACAACCCUCCACUCCACCACAACCACAACCACCGCAACAACCUCAACCUCAACCUCCACAAAAGAGUGUGUCCUUCCACACACUCGAAGAGUUAGACGCCAAGUUAACCUCCAAGCCAGAAAACAACAAAAACGAGUCCCAACCACCGCAACCGCAACCGUUAGAAGAUAACGGAGGAGUGAGAAUCAAACCGUUGAAGGAUAACAUCUUCAUAGUGAGAGACAGGUUGGAGAAACAAAAGGAAGAGAAGGAAUCGAGUUACGAAAGGUUGAGGAAGGAUCCAUUGAGCCAAUACCCGGAGAAGUGCCCGCCCGGGGGGAACGACGCGGUGGUUAUAUAUACGACGUCGUUAGGUGGCGUGAGGAAGACGUUUGAUGAUUGCAACAGAGCGAGGGACAUGUUGGAGGGACACAGGGUUGUGUUCGACGAGCGUGACGUGUCGCUUCACGGCGAGUUUCUUAGGGAGGUGAAGGAUUUGGUCGGGGAAGGGGUGGCGCUGCCGAGGGUGUUUGUUAAGGGAAGGUAUGUGGGUGGGUUAGAUGAGUUGGUUGAGCUAAACGAGUCGGGUCGACUCGGGAGGAUAUUGAAUGCGACGCGUGUGGAGAGAGGGAUUGGAAGACAAGCAUGUGGAGGGUGUGGUGGGGCUAGGUUUGUUCCUUGUUUCGAAUGUGGUGGGAGUUGCAAGCUUGUGGUCUCUGCUGUUGACAAAGAAAGGUGUCCCAAGUGUAAUGAGAACGGGUUAGUUCACUGCCCUUCUUGUAUUUGAGUUAAUUUCACUAUUUGUACUUCCUUAUCCAUCAUCAUAUAUACUCUUUUAUUCAUAAGUUUCUACACUAUAUGAUAUGUAAUACUAAUGGAUAUUUGUUAUCCGUUUGAGGUCAUGAAACUGUACCUUAUUAGGAUUGUGAAUUAUCCAUUCCUGUCCUUAAAUGUAUAUUAUCAUAUCAUAUUUGGAAUGGUCACUCGAUCCGAAUUGGUUGUGCUUAUAAUGUCAGAAUGUUAUUUGACAAGUGUUUUUUUAUACCGAUCUUAAUUUAUUUUUUUUGAAGCA